AGGUGGGCAGCCUUGAGCCGGCUAGGUCCCCCCCUCCUCCUUCGCACGUCGUAUUAGCAAUUUUCCCAAAUCUCUCCACCUCACCAAAAACACUCCGAAUGGGAAGAAAAUAUGGCAUGAAGGAGGGGGCGGCUGACCACCACCGUUCACCGUCUUUUACCGAACGCAAGCUGAACAUGGACUCAAGGAGACGUAACAACGGCGCGUGCGGACAGCAGAGACAACGGAGCACAAAGCGGAUGGAAGAAAACGCUCGGAUUGUCGCUUAGCUUUCACGGCUCAUCAUCAGUCUGUAAAAUCUCUUAGGACGCAUUCAGGAGACGCCAGGUGAAGACUGGAGAUCUGAUCGAAGCCUCCCAGACUGUAUACAAACCAAAAUAAUAGCAAAAUUUUGAGCAGCCUCAUUAGUGCCAUCUCAUCUCCGACUGAAUAAAGGAGAAAGGAAAAUGAGUGAGCAGAGUAUCUGCCAGGCGCGGGCCUCUGUCAUGGUCUACGAUGACGCCAGCAAGAAGUGGGUGCCCAUCAAGCCUGGGCAGCAGGGCUUCAGCCGCAUCAACAUUUACCACAAUACUGCCAACAACACCUUCAGAGUUGUGGGCGUCAAACUGCAGGACCAGCAGGUGGUGAUCAACUACUCCAUAGUGAAGGGUCUGAAGUACAAUCAGGCUACUCCAACCUUCCAUCAGUGGCGUGAUGCCCGUCAGGUCUAUGGGCUGAACUUUGCCAGUAAGGAGGAGGCGACCACCUUCUCCAAUGCCAUGCUGUUCGCCCUCAAUGUCCUCAGCUCACCCGACAGUGGAGGUCCAGUAGUUCAGCGCCAAAAUGGGCCCUCUUCAGAAGAAAGCGAAGCGCAAAGGAGGAUGAUGGAACAACAUCAGAUGCAGGCGCACAAGGAGAGGGAGCGACGGACAUCAGGAUCAGUCGUUUCCACUCUCCAAUAUAAAGUGUCCACCCCUCCCACCCACCCAGACACUCCUCCUGAGUACAGACAGUACAGAGCUAGCACACUGCCACCAUCCUACGUCCGCGUGGCCUCCUUCUCUCCUCCCUCCUCUGCCUCCAUCUCUCCUUCUCAGGAGAGAGAGGCAGGGGCUUCUAGGGACAAGGCCCAGCUCUCCUCCCAGCUCUCCACCUCACUUGCCUCAGCCUUUUCCCCUGUCCAGACAGGAGUGAACACCCAGGGCCGACAGGUCCGUCAAAUCCCCCUGUCUCCUCCCACAGCAGCCCGCCACCUUCAGCAACAGCAGCAGCAACAAGACAUGAUGCUCCCCCCUAAACAUGGCACCUGGUCUGCUUCCCACAUGCAGCAAAUGUAUGCCCAAUGUCCCCCCUCCUCAUCCCCUCCAGUAAUGAUGGCAAUGCCAGUGAAGCAGGGUUUGCCCCCACAGCCAGUCCUCCCAGUAGCUCACCCACUUCCGCCUGUAAGCACUAGGAUGAAGCCACCUCCUCUUGAUCCUAGUGCUGUGACGAGCCCUCAUCAGUACCCCCAGCAACAGCCACACCCUCACUCCAAUGGCCAGCCAGAUGAUUCGUACUCUCCUCAUUCUCAGCGUCUUCCACUCACACCACAGUACUGCGAGGCCAUCCCCAUGCCUCCUCUGAUUGGUCAGGCAGCCCCAGGCCUCGCCCCCAGCCACCAGCCUCAGUACCAAUCCACUUUCCACCCUCAACAGCAUCAGCAACAACAACAGCAGCAGGUGUACCACCAACAGGCCCAGACCCCCACCACUUCCUCCUCCUCUUCCUCGCCCCCCUCUUACAAUGCCAUGUCUGAUGGGGGCUCACCCAAGAAGACCCCCUCCCCUGUUCCCCAGCCAGCCCCCAUGGCCAACAGCAGCCCCCCUGUCUCUGCAGGUCACCCAUCUCUGCUUUCUGUUGCGCCCCCUCCAGCUGCAGCUCCAGCACCUAUGGCUGGUCCUCCGGCUCCACCACCACCACCGGGCCCACCACCCCCAAUGGCAGUGCCUCCUCCCAUGCCCCCUCCAUUGCCCACUGGUGGAGGGCCUCCUGGAGGCCCACCUGGGGUCCAGCACCAACCCUCAGGGCUGGCUGCAGCACUGGCUGGAGCCAAACUACGAAAAGUACAUAGGGAUGAGAGCAGCCCACCUGGCUCUAGUGGCAAAAGUGACUCCAACCGGUCCAGUGGUGGCAGCGGUGGUGGUGGGGAGGGACUGAUGCAGGAGAUGAAUGCCUUACUAGCUCGCAGACGGAAAGCAUCAGAGAAACCAGAUGAAGAUGACUCAAGUGGUCGGGGGCCAGGUCAGCAAAACUCAACAGAUGCGAUGAAGAAGCCAUGGGAGCGAUCCAACUCUGCAGAAAAAUCCUCACUGGUCUCCAGAGUGAGACCCAUCGGGAGCACUAGUGAAGCUGAUACAGAAUUUGAUAGGAUGAAACAGGAAAUAUUGGAUGAAGUUGUACGUGAGUUGCAUAAGGUGAAAGACGAAAUCAUUAAUGCCAUCAGACAAGAAAUCGGCAGAAUCAGUACAUCCUAAUCUCAUCUGAGCGUGCAGAGCGACAGGAGGAGCUGGAGAAGAAUGGACACGCAGAUGCACAGACAAGAGGACCAGGGAAUGUUCUCUCAAUGUUUCUGUGACCUUGCGAUGUCAUGAUGCGAGUUGCAGAGAUGUUGUGCCAACAUUUAAGUCUGCUGGACAGCAAAGCUGGAAGAAGGAAAUGUAUACAAGAGAACGCGGAUUAAUAAGGAGGAAGAGCAGAAGGAAGAAAAAGACUUAUGUACUGAUGAACUCGAGGAUGGAUUGUGAACUAAAAGUGGGGAACUGAGACUUUUGUUCUGAGUUUGGUGUUGUGGUCCUCUCUGUGCACCUAGACUCAGUCAGCCCAGUGUUGCAGCUCUUUGUUCUCUGUUCAGUUUAAGUCUGAAAAAGAAAAUAUUUUUGUUUUCUAAGUUUUUACUGUUUUAUUAUUUAAAAACUGUGGUGAUAAUGAUGAUGCUGUUGAUGACAAUGAGUAUUUUAUUGAUAUUAUAGAAGGACAAAGGAAUCUUGCACACCAUUUAUGUCAGCCUUUUAUAUUUUCUAUUAUGACUUUUGUUUAGUUUUCCCUAUGUCAUGAUAAGAAGCACAAUAUGGGCAAACUGGUGCUGCAUACACACCUGCCCUGGAAUGACGUAUUUAAGAAAACAAGAAAAAAAAGAAAAAAAAAAGAAAGAAAAUUUCUUAUAACCUUGCUCAUACAGGUGUUGUGUGUCUAACCUUCAAUUAACCACUUCAAUUACCUCUUACCUCUCAUAUCAAAGGCAUAAUGCAUUGCAAAUGAGAAUUUUUUAAAAGUGAAUCAGACUCCACAUGAUUCAGUCUGGUCCUCAACUCCAGUGUGACCGAGGCACAUGUAAGUCUUUACCUGUCACAGAUGUUUGAGUUCAUUGAAACUUGGGGAAUCAUUCACAAAACAGGCCAAAAACCGUAAAUGUGCCACCUGGUUUUACUAUGAAACCUACAGUACAUAUGGAAGAAUUUAGUAUUAUCUAUUAGUUAUCCAAUGCUUUGUGAAUCCUCCAAGUAUGCAUGAAACCCCAUCUCAAUUAAUUCAUGUUUUUUAUUA